AUGGAGACCAAAAACCCUUGUCGAUUAAAUCUCUUGCUAAAAAUUGCUCCUGAAAUGGCCUCAAGAUCAGAGAUAUUAGUCUUCUCAAAGGAACUCACCAAGACAGAUGUCAGGAAGAGAAUGUCAAUCCCAACUAACAAGCUCCCCCAUCUCCCUCAAUUCCAAGGUGGUGCUUGCCAUGCAGUGGUUCUGGAGGUUGAGGAUGAGAGAGGGCAAGUGUGGAACAUGCGGUGCAGCAUUCGCAAGAAGAAAUACCUGAAGCCAGUUAUUUCAAGCAGCUGGGUAGCAUUUGCUCGGAGCAAGAAUCUUGGCAUUGGUGACAAGAUCUUCUUUUACAGGGAGCUGAAUGAUGAGGACGGACCUUCAGGAGUUAAGUAUAAGAUCAAAGUGCAGAAAGCAACGAAGGUGUUCGGAGCUAUUGUGGGUUAUGGAUCUCCAGUCCAUGCAGCCAUUUAA